CCGAUUCAACGUGAUCGCGUUUCUCGCAGAGAAGCGGUGCAGUUUCUGAUGAGCGCUCACAUGCAUCUCUCAGACGCACUUUUAACAGGAUGUUGAUGAUGAGACUGACCACGGAAAGAAAAAAAACAGCGGGUUAAACACUGCGAUGUGAAAAACACCCUUGAGCCAGAAAUGACCGCCACAGCGGAGGAGACGAAGACAGGAGUCCCGAUGAGGCAGCUCACCGCCGGCAGGUCUUGACGGCUGCUCCCGCUGACCUGAGACGCCCAGCACCGCGUCAGGACCGCGCGGUUUACACACACUGAAAACCGAACGUAGCCGAAAUACCCCACAACCCAUCGGUGAACCUUAAAAGAGACAAUGGCGAACCAGGGCGACUGCUGUGUGAAGGUAGCAUUGAGGAUUCGCCCUCAGAUGGCCAAGGAGAAGAUAGAGGGCUGCCAUGUGUGCACGCUUGUCACACCUGGAGAUCCACAAGUCCUCCUGGGUAAAGACAAGGCCUUCACCUAUGACUUUGUGUUUGACAUCGACUCGGAGCAGCAGCACAUCUACCAGACCUGUGUAUACAAGCUCAUCGAGGGCUGCUUCGAGGGCUACAACGCCACAGUGUUCGCUUAUGGUCAGACGGGUUCGGGGAAGACCUACACCAUGGGGACAGGCUUCGAUGUGAGCCUGGGCCAGCAGGAGCAGGGCAUCAUCACGCGGGCGGUUCACCAGUUAUUUGAGGGAAUCCAGAACAGAAGGGUGCGCGCCCAGGAGGCCGGCAACCAGCCACCCGAAUUUAAAGUCAGCGCCCAGUUCCUAGAGUUGUACAAUGAAGAAGUUCUCGAUUUGUUUGACGGUACCAGAGAUCCAGAGAGUCGGAACAGGAAGUCCAACAUUAAGAUCCAUGAAGACGCAAGUGGCAGCAUCUACACCACUGGAGUCACUUCCAGACUGGUGCAGUCAGAGGAGGAGCUGCUGCAGUGCCUAAAGCUUGGUGCUCUGUCCCGCACCACAGCCAGCACCCAGAUGAACGCCACAAGCUCCCGCUCGCAUGCCAUCUUCACCAUCUACCUCUGUCAGAUGAGAGUGUGCCCACAGGCUCAAACGCAGAACGGAGGUGGAGGAGGAGGUGGGGGAGGAGGAGGAGGAGGAGGAGGAGAAGAAGAGAACGGGGAGUUGAACGGCGUGGACUCGAGCCCCAUCGCUCAGCCGGAGUUUGAGACGCUGAUGGCAAAGUUCCACUUUGUGGACCUGGCUGGCUCUGAGAGGCUGAAACGCACAGGAGCUACAGGAGAGAGAGCCCGCGAGGGAAUCUCUAUUAACUGUGGUCUGCUUGCGCUGGGAAAUGUGAUCAGUGCUUUAGGAGACCAGGCUAAGAAGGGAGGACACGUCCCUUACAGAGACUCCAAACUCACUCGUCUACUACAGGACUCACUAGGAGGCAACAGUCGCACAUUGAUGAUCGCCUGCAUCAGUCCGUCAGACCGGGACUUCAUGGAAACACUAAACACACUGAAGUAUGCCAACCGUGCCCGAAACAUCAAGAACAAGGUGGUGGUGAACCAAGACAAGACCAGCCAGCAGAUCAGCGCCCUGCGUGCCGAGAUAGCUCGGCUUCAGAUGGAGCUGAUGGAGUACAAGGCGGGGAAGCGUGUGGCUGGUGAGGAUGGUUCAGAGGGCUUCAGCGACCUGUAUCAGGAGAACGCAAUGUUGCAGAGAGAAAGCGACACACUUCGCCUAAGGGUAAAGGCCAUGCAGGAGACCAUUGACCACCUCAACACCCGUGUAACACAUAUGCUGGCCAAUGAGGUCAGCGCUCUGCUGACCAAGUCAAGUGAGGGCAAUGAGGAGAUCGGGGCUUUAAUCCAGAACUACAUCCGAGAAGUUGAAGAACUUAGAACCAAGCUUCUUGAGAGCGAGGCCAUGAACGAGUCGUUGCGACGGCAGGUGCCCCGACUUUCCUUGCGUUCCCCGUUCCCUUCCUCUGCUCACAGCCCCGCCCCCGGCCACCCCCCUGGCUCCUCCCCUGCUCCCUUGUCCAUGGAAGCUGAGAUGACGGACGUGUUGCGCCGGGCGAAGAUGGACAUUGAGAGGUUGAAGAAGAAGGAGAGGAGGCAGAGGAGAAUGAGUCCAGAGUUGGAGAAAGGUCUGAAGAAACGAGUGAAGCUGCACACUCACGAGAAUGGAGAGAAUGGGCAGAGUGGUCAAAACGGACAGAAUGGAGAGAUCGAUUCAGACGACAAUUACACUGAGGAUAUCAUGUCUCCACUGCAGGAGGAGAGUGGUUGUGAAGAAGAUGAAGGGGAGGAUGAAGAGGAGGGCAGGGAGGAGGAGGACGGGUUUGACAGUGACGAGAGCCUGGUGGAUUCAGACUCAGACUCCGAUGAGAAAGCCAACUUCCAGGCAGACCUGGCUGAUCUGACCUGCGAGAUCGAGAUCAAGCAGAAGCUGAUGGACGAACUGGAGAACAGCCAGCGGAGGCUGCUGAUGCUCAAACUGCAGUACGAGGAAAAGCUCAUUCUACUGCAGAACAAGAUCCGAGACACUCAGCUGGAGAGAGACCGUGUGCUGCAGAACCUCAUGUCUAUGGAGAACUACACAGAGGAGAAGGCCAACCGGAUCAAGCAGGACUACGAGAAACGUCUUAAGGAGAUGAAUCGAGACCUGCUGAAGCUGCAAGUGGCACAGAAAGAACACGCACGUCUCCUGAAAAACCAAGGGAGGUACGAACGGGAGCUGAAGAAACUCCAGACAGAGGUCAACGAUAUGAAGAAAGCCAAGGUGACACUGAUGAAGCAGAUGAAGGAGGAGCAGCAGAGGAGGAGGAUGGUGGAGGCAAAGAGGAACCGUGAGAUCGCCCAACUCAAGAAGGAGCAGCGCCGCCAAGAGUACCAGAUUCGAGCGCUGGAGUCUCAGAAGCGGCAGCAGGAGCAGGUGCUGCGCAGGAAGACACAGGAAGUGACCGCCUUGCGGCGCCUGGCCAAGCCCAUGUCAGACCGUGUGGCGGGGCGUGUGGCCCGCUGGAACCAGAGUCCCCCAGUUACAGACUCCGGGGCUGAGUUAUCAGCCAGCACCACAGCAAGCAGCUCUGAACCUGAGACUGGGAGGACUGUGAGCGGGCUGGUGAGACAGUGGAACAACAAAAACAAUGUGUUUGGAUAUCUGGCAGAGAGUGAAGGGAGCAUGGAUGGAACCAGGGUCAUUGGCAGUAGGAAGAAGUUGCAGCGUAAGCCAGCGGGCGUUGGAAGCGUUGGAGUGGCGGGCCGAGCCAGCAGCUUCUCCAAGUCUGCCCGUCAGAAGUGGCAAGCGCUCGAGCGUCGCGUUAUGGACAUUGUCAUGCAGAGAAUGACAAUCGCUAAUGUGGAAGCUGACAUGGAUCGCCUUAUAAAGAAGCGAGAGGAGCUGACAGUCCAUCAAGAAUCACUCUCACACAAGAAGGACGUACUAAUGGCAGACGGAGAGGGACCAGAAGCAGAAGACCGCCUCCUUCAGGAAAUUACCGAGGAGAUUGAGGUGCUGAACGCCAACAUAGACUACAUCAAUGACAGCCUGUCUGACUGCCAGGCCACCAUUGUACAGAUAGAAGAGACCAAGGACGAGCUGGACUCAGUGGACACCUCAGUUGUGAUCAGUUCCUGCUCUCUGGCUGAAGCACGCAACUUGCUGGAUCACUUCCUGAAGGCUUCCAUAGACAAAAGUCUACUGGUGGCUCAGAAGGAGGCUCAGGUCCGACUGCUGGAGGGUCAGCUGAGACAGACCGAUAUGAUUGGCUCAUCUCACAAUCACAUAAUCCUCGAUGCCCUGCGAGAAAAAGCAGAAUACAUCCCUGAGCUCCACGCUCUUAUCCACAAUGUACAGCAGGAAAAUGGUUACGCCAGCACAGACGAGGAGCCCUCUGAGUUCAGCCAGGCGUCUGACAGCAGCGUAUCUCAAAUGAAAGAAUCCAACAGCCAAGAUGAUUUCAAAAUAAAGAUGGAGCCUCGUCUGUCAGCUCAGAUGAAGGCGGUGUCAGCGGAGUAUCUGGGUCCCAUCCUGGACUCCUCAUCAGGCAGCAAGCAGCAGCACAUCACCAAGUCUCUGGCCUCGCUGACAGACAUCCAGGAGGAUGGCAUGAGCCUAGGGACAUUGAGUCUGGGGCUCAGCCCGGCCUUGCGAGAUCCCUACCACAGGGACCGGGCCUUCCGCACCAUCAGCCUACCUGUCAGGGGACAUACCUUUCCCAGGCAGUCUCGAGGUUAUGACACUUCCCCUCUAACAAGGAGGAAAUCUUACGACCGCGCGUACAGGCCUGCUGACGGCUAUACUCCCCCCUCCUCCCCUCCUUUGAGGACCAGGAACGACCGCAACGUCUUCUCGAGGCUCACCAGCAACCAAACCCAAGGUUCUGCUCUGGACAAGUCGGAUGACAGCGACUCUUCGCUCUCCGAGGUGCUCAGACUGCUCUUCUCUCUUCUUGCAGAUCGCACCUGUAAGAUGUGGAACCUUGUAACAGGUCAAGAGAUCGUCACCCUCAAAGGCCACCCAAACAAUGUGGUGUCAGUCAAAUACUGUCCUUCCUCCUGUCUGGUCUUCUCUGUCUCCACCUCCUACAUCAAGGUGUGGGACAUCCGUGACUCCGCCAAGUGUGUUCGCACAUUUACUUCAUCGGGGCAGGUGGUUUCAGGGGAUGCAUGUGCUGGCACCACCACCCGCACAAUAACCUUUGCACAGGGCGAGUGUCAAAUUAACCAGAUAGCCCUCAACCCAUUAGGAUCUGUGCUAUAUGCUGCUGCUGGAAACACUGUUCGCAUGUGGGACCUCAACAGGAUGCAAGGGAUGGGGAAGCUGACAGGCCACAUUGGCUCUGUCAUGUGUCUGACAGUUGGACAGUCUCUGCUGGGCAAAGACCAAGUCAUCACUGGCUCCAAAGACCAUUAUGUCAAGGUGUUUGACGUGACAGAGGGAACUAUGGGUAAUGUAGGUCCAGCUCAUAACUUCGAGCCGCCCCAUUAUGAUGGCAUUGAGUGUUUGGCUGUACAGGGAGAUGUGCUGUUCAGUGGGUCCAGAGACAACGGCAUCAAAAAAUGGGAUCUGGAGCAGCAGGAACUCACUCAGCAAAUCCCCAACGCCCAUAAGGACUGGGUGUGCGCUCUGGCAUAUGUCCCGGGCCGGCCCAUGCUGCUGAGUGCCUGUCGAGGCGGCAUGCUGAAGGUGUGGAACGUAGAGAACUUCACCCCCAUAGGAGAGGUCAGAGGUCACGAAAGCCCCAUUAACGCCAUAUGUACCAACUCAAGACAGAUCUUCACUGCAUCCAGUGACUGCAGGGUGAAGUUGUGGAGCUAUGUGCCAGGCUUGACCCCGUGUCUUCCUCGACGGGUCCUGGCCAUCAAGGGCCGAGCCACCAGCCUUCCGUGAUUGCCUCUUCUCCGCUCAGCGACCCUCCCUUCCUUUGCGACAAGACAGUGAAGAUCUGGUCGUCAAAGGUGUGGAGGAAAAGGUGACAACCGAAGUAGUUCCUUUGUCGGCCAUCUUCCUGCAGCUUUCUGGCCUGCUUGCUUCUAGCAAUGAGAUGUGACACCAACAACACUGUUUCCAAGGCAAUCAAGGUGUUGUGUUUUUUUCUUUGUCAAGGUGCAACCUUGACAAAGCUGAGGUUGAAUAUGUAUUCAGGCAAAAAAAAGAUUUGCCUUUCAGAUUGUCCUUUUUUACUGCCAAUUUGAAAGUGCCAUUCAGGUGUGAUGCUACUUGGACAAGAUAAACUGCAUCUUCCCAGCUGUGGAUAGGCUAGGCAGAACAAUUUCUCUCUCCUGGCAUGAAAACUACCAGAGUCUGGUAUGGGAUAUGGGACAAUAAAAAGUGUCCUUCUGUUCUUUCACCAAGGUUUUACAAUCCGUGUGGAACAGUGACAGAUGAAUUGGCUCAAAGACGUGCAUGUAUCCAUUGAAUGAAAGUCAUGACGCUAGAGGAAUUUAAAUCCCAGAGAGAUGUUAACUAACAACUGGGACCUCUGACCCUUUCCUCCUUUUCUUCCGCUCAGGACUGUUAAGUGUUCAUUAGCGCUGUGACUGUUCUGACACCGAACACAUUGAAGAGUCAUGCUAUAAGCUCAUUGUGGUGGAUGAUCAAUAAAAAAUUGUUGAUGAAACAUCCCUGGACAAUUACCUAAAACACCAUCAGGUGUUUGUUUUUAGUUUUUUUUACAACGCCUUCCAUUUGCUUUUAAUGUUGUUGACAUGGCUUUCAGUAUGUGACUGAAGCUUUAUGGUGUUCCACAAGCCGUGUAACGUUUUUAAUGACACUUUCUUAUUUAUUUUUUCCCCUACCUCAGUUGUUUUGGAUUUUGCCGUGAGGGAACAUUUUUUACGGGUCUCUGUGUACAAACACCUAGUUCUUGGCAUUUUGAAGUCUUUAUACAAUGCCUGGCUCUUCAUCUCUGUGUGGAUGAGUCCUCUGUGGUUUUCUGGCUAUAAAACUGUCUAGCUGCUGACCCUGCAAACAAGAAAGCACACGUCCAGUAGCACAACUAAGGCCCCGGAGGAUCUGACUGGAUUGUAAUAUUUGUUCUGCAAAGUGCUAACUGCGAC